AUGGGAGAUCUUUUUUCUUUAUUUUGGGAGGUGGAUCCUCCCACUAUUCCUAUAAGUUUUACCAUUCCAAAUCAAGAUUAUGAAUGCCGGAAGGAUGACUCUUGUGGGGCAAUAGGGAACUUCCUAUUUUGGUAUUUCAUCAUUAUACUGGUCCUGAUGUUCUUCUCUCGGGCUUCUGUCUGGAUGUCUGAGAAGAAAAAGGAUGAAGACAAUGGGACAAGUACUUCACCAAGUAAAGAAAGCAAAGAUAUUUCCAAUAAGUGGCGAGACAAAGAGGGUGCCUGGGAUUCUUUGCAAAUGAUGAAAAAACCAAAGCAGAGCCAACUUACCCCUGUAACUGACUCAGAAGUGGCUUUGGUCAAUGCCUGUCUUGAACAAAGACGAGCGAGGCGCUAUUCUGAAUUCAAUCAAGUGAAUCUGACCCAACAUGACAGUGAUACUACUGAGUGUGACAGUGAAGAAUCUAACUCCGGAGCCUCCUCUUGGAAGGAGAGUGAAAGUGAACACCACCCAUCACCAGCCAGUAUUAAGAAGAGAAAAAUAGCUCAGAGGCAAAGGAAUAUGGGAGGUUACCAAAUCAGGGAAAGGCCCUGCCUCCACUGCAAAGCCAUGAGAACCAAUGAAUGGCUAACUCGCCAUUUCCUUCAAAAUGCUUCAGUAACAAGCUCAAUGAAGGAAGAUAUUCAAGAUGAAAAUUCUGGACCUGAUAUUAAGACAAAAUUCAGUAAAUUUUGA